AUGUUUCGACGGACACGUGCGGCAAACGUUAUCCGGAUAGAGCGCGAGCGGCACCCGGGAACUUUUGGGAGCCGCCGACCGAGAAGGGGUGGAUCACGCCAAGGUCCAAGAAGAGAACGGGUGGAAGAGGCUAGGUUUGUGCGCGAAGUUAUAGGGGUGUCCGAGAAGAUCGGAAAGGGCAAGGAGAGCCCAAUGACGGCGGGAGAGAGCGAGCCCGCCAAUGUGGAACGGGCAACGGAGAAGCCUGUAGUGGUGUACCCAGAUUUGGGAAGAUAUUUUGCGAGAGUGCGACGGGAGCUCGCCGAGUGGUAUCAGGCAAAUGUGGGAGCAACAACGGAAGCCGUGGGAGCCGAAGAGCCAGAGCACGGAGUGGAGAAGACGUCUCCGGAGAAGAGCGACGAUGGCGACAGUGGAAGCGUGUGGAUGACGCCAAAGGCAAAGAAGACAGCCCGCAAGAGGAGCGCGACGAGUUAG